CCUGCUCGCUCACAGCGCGCGGCAGUCUUUCUUUCUUGUGUCGACAGUGUAGUGUGGUGCGUAGGGUGGGCUGGGCCACGUGGACACCACUGAUCCUUCUUUAAACCGUCUUUAAUCCGACGUCGCUCUCGUUUCGACGACACAUCGCGCUCUAACAUGGUUAAACUGGCGAAGGCAGCGAAAAAGCAACAAGUUCCUAAAAAAAAGGCUCCACCACCUCCAAAAGAAGUGGAGGAAGAGGAGUCAAGUGAGGAGGAGGAGGAGGAGGACAGCGAUGAGGAGGCACCACCAAAGGUAGUCUCCAAGAAGAAUUCGGCUCCAGCUAAACCUGCUAAAGCAGCUAAAAAUGGGAAAGUAGCAAAGAAGAAGGAAGAAAGCGAAGAUGAAGAUGAUUCUGAGGAGGAAUCUGAAGAAGAGACCCCACCUCCUAAGAAAGGAAAAUCUACCCCUGCAAAGACUGCACCGCUGCCCAAAAAAGCAACUCCUGUGAAGGCCGAAGAAUCGGACGACGAAGAUGAUGAUGAUGACGACGACGAUGAUGAAGAGGAGGAUGAAUCCGAGGAAGAAGUUCCUCUUCCGAAGAAGGCCGCUCCGACUAAGCCUGCUGCAAAGGGUGCCCCAGCAAAGGCAGCUCCAGCCAAGGAAGAGUCGGAGGAUGAGGAUGAUGACGAUGAUGAGGACGACGACGAAGAGUCUGAGGAAGAGAUGGACACAGCACCUGCUCCUGCCGCCAAGGCAAAGAAAGCUGGCUUGGUGAAAGCCAAGGAGGAGUCAGAAGAAGACGAUGAUGACGAUGAAGAUGAUGAUGAUGACGACGAUGAUGAGGAGGGAGAAGGGGAAGAAAAACCUGUGGUAACUCCUGGGAAGAGGAAGGCUGAAUCUAAGAAGGGUACUCCCCCAGCUAAAAAAGCCAAAUCAGAGGGUGAAGGCUUCUGUCUGUUUGUUGGAAAUCUGAACCCAGGAAAGGACUUUGACGAACUCAAGGAGGCAAUGUCAAAGUUCUUCGCCAAGAAGAACCUCGAAGUUCAGGAUGUUAGACUUGGAAUGUCAAAGAAAUUUGGUUAUGUGGACUUUGCUUCCGAAGAGGACCUGCAGAAAGCACUUGAGCUCAAUGGCAAGAAAUUUAUGGGUCAGGAGCUCAAACUGGACAAAGCCAGAAGCAAAGAGACUUCUUUGGAGGGCAAGAAAGAGAGAGAUGCACGCACCUUGUUUGUGAAGAACCUGUCAUUCUCAGCAACACAGGAUGAUCUGAAAGAAGUCUUUCCAGAGGCUGUAGAUAUCAGAAUACCGGUUGGAAAUAAUGGCUCCAGCAGAGGAAUUGCAUAUAUAGAGUUCAAAACGGAGGCAGCUGCUGAGAAGAUGCUGGAAGAAGCUCAGGGAGCAGAAGUCCAGGGUCGCUGUAUCAUUGUUGACUUCACGGGCGAGAAGAGUCAGAAGGGAGGCAGGGCCCCAGCUGUGGCAUCAGCGUCCAAGACUCUUGUGGUAAACAACCUGGCAUACAGCGCAACAGAAGAUACGCUCCAGAGCACGUUUGAGAAGGCCGUGUCCAUCAGAAUACCACAGAACAAUGGAAGGCCGAAGGGGUUUGCGUUUGUGGAAUUCGAGAGUGUCGAUGAUGCGAAGGAAGCCCUGGAGUCCUUGAAUAACUCUGAGAUUGAGGGCAGGGCAAUUCGGCUGGAGUUCAGUCAGAACAGCGGUGGCAAAUCAGAGGGCGGCAGAGGAAGCUCUGGUGUGACAAAGACGCUGUUUGUAAGAGGCCUCUCAGAGGACACUACAGACCAGACGCUGAGAGACGCCUUUGAAGGAGCUGUUGCAGCCAGAAUUGUCACAGACAGGGACACGGGCUCAUCUAAAGGGUUUGGCUUUGUAGACUUUGACAGUGAGGAGGACUGCAAAGCUGCCAAAGAGUCCAUGGAGGACUGCGAGAUUGACGGCAACAAAGUGACCCUGGACUACGCCAAGCCAAAGGGCGACAGCGGCCACCGCGGUGGCGGCAGAGGCGGAUUCGGUGGCCGUGGGGGAGGUAGAGGCGGUCGAGGAGGUUUUGGCAGAGGUGGGGGGCGUGGUGGAAACCGUGGAGGUGGCCGCGGAGGAUUUGGAGGUGGCAGAGGUGGUGGAUUUGGAGCGAAACCCCAGGGGAAGAAAAUAAAAUUUGACGAUUAGAUGUUAUUUUUAAACAGACUCUGUUUCAAUCACCUGAAUUCUCCAUGCGCCGACAGAGCCUUUUGGACAUUCCAGGAAGAGUUACGAGUCUAAUGGGCGCUUUAGCCUCUCCCUUUCGUGCUUUCACCCCUAUAGCUGAAGAGAACUGUGAAUUUUGAUAUGUUCAACUGUGCCCAUGAUCUUCAUGAGGAUUUUUUUUUCUUCCCAAAGGAGUAAAAUAAAAUGUUAACAACUUACAUCGUGAACAUACUGUUGGAUACAUGGCUUCACCUGCGACAACUUGUAAUAUUUCAUUUUACCUUUUGUAAAAAAAAGUGUUUGUUUCCUUUUUAAGUUUGCUGUAAAUUCAUAAGUUUUAUAAGUGUGCGAAGCAUGUUGUAAUGGGAGGAAUAUUAAAUAGGCCCAAUGGUCUUGGGUGUUUAGUCGG